GUUUGACAACACUUUGACCAGAAGCAUUUUCUACAAUUGAAUCGUGCCCAACCAAUGAAGUCAAAAUUUGAAAGCGGGGAGGUUCGAAGAUAUAUUUGAUAGAUUGCCAAUAUAUCGAGAAGUGACUGAUCUAAACUGGCUAGCGAUUGUAGUAGAAGUUGAGCGCGGUGUUCCCACUCGUGAUCUGGUGCAGGUGCAUGACCAAGUACCUUCAUCUAGAUUGUUAUCUACUGCUUUUUGAUCAACGUCUUGUCUUUUGCCCGUUAUUAAACGGGCCCUCAUUAUUUGUAAUAAUGCCUAUCCCGGAGUUGUCUAAUAUAUUGCUUCAAGAGUUUGUGAAUUUCAAAGUAUCGCAGUUGCACAAUAACCCUGUCAUUAUUGAUGGGGAGGACUUUAGUGGAUAUUUUUAUGAACAUUUAAAAUUACCUAUAAAAUAUGGUGGCGAAUAUUUAUCUUAUAUUGUACAGAUUAAACAGUUUUUGAAUGAAAUUAAACAAUGCAAGAUUUAUCCAUCUUUUCUGUUUGGUUCCGAUUGUGAAAGAGUCGGUUUCCAACUUUCCAGUCAACUUCAAGCAAUGGAAUCAAGAAUAAAAUUACUAUCUUCUUCAGGUAGUACACAAAAGAAAAAUGCAUCGCCUAUGCCUUACCAUAUAUUUCUCCAGAGUAUGUUAACAGAUGUUCUCAGUGAUAUGGAAAUAAAAUUUUUGAAAUCUCCUUAUCCUCGUAUACGAAGUUGUGUCUCAUUAGCUACCUAUCUUCACCAUCCAAUCAUUGCUAGUUCUCCCGAAUAUUUUUUAAUCGGUACUCACCAGAUGUCAUCUGAUACAUCUCCUUGUUUUAUCCCAUUAUCACUCAUGAAAUUUCAAUGUUUGGAAUUCAAAGAAAGUUGUUAUUGUGAAUCAAUAGAUGCAGAAUCCCAAUCCAUCCAAACUCCAUGUCGUUUCUUAACAGUCCAUGAAUUUAUUCCUCAACCAUCUUCAGUUCAUCCAAAAUGUCGACCAUUGAUUGGCUUGUUACUUGGUACAGACUCAAUGCCUCAGACAAAACUCCCCAACUACUUGUACUCGAUCAUAAACAGCAUAGAGAAAAAAAGCUACAAAUUUCGACGCUUUCUUACUCUAGUUUCAUGGUUUUCCCAAUUUGGCACUGAUUCACAGACCCCAAUUGAUGAAAUCCUAAAAUGCUACUCUUCCAAAGAAAGAGGUAAGCUCUUAAAAAUGCUCACAGAAUCACUGGCGGGAUACUUUCCAAACUUAUAUCUAGGUCAGAAAUUAUCUGUUUCUCUUCAUCAAGAAACUCCAGUAUCAACUGGAAAUCAGUUGAAUUCUCCAAUUUUUGUAUAUAGCCCACAGGAAGCUAAUUCCACAACACAAACUGUAUUAUGGCAAAGACGUCUUAGUGAUUUAUUAAAAGGUCAGUCGACUAUUAUCCUAGGAAGUAUGGAUUUUACACAAAGAUGGUCAACAAAUUUAUCACAAUUAUAUUUUAAACAUAAACUUGCACCAUUCAUUUUAACUCCUAUCUAUUGUCAAGGUGGCGUUGUUCUGCCUUUAUUAAUUGAAAAUCCCAAUAUUGAAUUGUCAGCCUAUGAAAUUUCGCUACCUUUAAGAUGGAUGCACUAUCGUUUGUUAUGUGGUAUUGAACAUAACCUAUCACAAAAACAAAAACUAAUCGGUUUAAAUCCUUAUAUUUUGGAAUAUCAUCGUGUCGGUGGUACAUUAACAACAUAUCAAAUUCAGGUUGACCCUCUAAUUUUAAAUCAACAUGAAAAUACAACAGAUGAAAUGCUUUCAAGUAUAGUUGGAUUUUCAUUUUCUAAUUUUAAUAUUGAAAGAAAAUGGUUAGUAAGUUUAGCACUGACCUUGGCAUUUUGGUUUCAUGCUACUACAAAAAAUAAGAUCAAUUCAGUUGAUGAUCUACGGAAUUCUCCUAUUGUUCUAGCAACUGUAGCAAUUGCUGUCACCAAUUAUUUCAAUGUUAUGGAAUCAGAUGAAAAAACAGUUGAACAUUAUGGUGUUCUGAUUAAAUUCCUACAGAAAAAGUUGUCUGAUCGAAUAUCAUCAUCAUCAUUGUCUGUUGAUUCGUCUAUUGUUCAUCAUUUUACUUCAAUUCACACUGUAUAUAACUAUUUACGAUCGUUGACAUAUUUAAUUGAUGAAUUGUUACCAUCUGAUCGAAAAUCCAAUUGUUUAGGCUUUCUUCCGUCAUGGAUGUUCUUUCCAUCUGGACAUUUAUUUCAUAGUCUUGCGAUUGAUAUAGAAUCACUUAAACCAGAUGAUAGAUAUCGUUUAACUUUACGCUAUUGGCUUCCUCGCCUUUAUCGUAUUCCAAAGUUAAACGCUGAAUUCGCAAUGAAAUUGCAAAAAUUAGCUGAAAUUUAUGAACACGUAAUAGGUAUUGCAAGUGAGAUGAUACGUUUACCAGUAUCUGCUCCAAAUAUUGUAUAUCAAAAGGUACCAACAACUAUUCCUGUCAUUGAUUUGCUUAAAAAUGAAACACAUUCAAAUGCCCCAAGUUCAGUUAG